CGCAGCGUGAGCCAAGCCUCCCAGUGGUCUCCGUCUGACACUCCUCGCCACCAUCACGAAGGAACAUCUUACUUUCCCACCAUCGGCACCGGCGGAGCAUCGUCGCCCACCUCGAGACGCACGCACCAUCCGUACCUGCCGAGAACCAUGUCUAGUGCCUCUGUGAGGCGGCCGCGCACGCGCAGUACAAGCAUUGCGAGCUCGCGCGCUGCGGGGCGUGCUUACCGUGAUGAGGAAGGGAUGCUGAGUGAGGAGGAUGAGGACAUGGAGUACGAGAAUUCGCGGAGCGGAGCGGCUGGCUACGACCGCCACGAUGCGCACGACUCGGCUGCGGAGGACGAGGACGAAGAGCGCGAUGAGGAUCCGAUAACGGUCAAGGAAAGACAGUCGCUCAUCAACGUCGAGCACCCAUUCGGCCUGCCCAUCUGGAAGCCUGCGCUGUAUAAGAAGUCGCGCUCAGUGACGCGCUAUGCGGACCAGGCGUUGCAUUCCGUCCCAUCGGCGCAGGCGGAGCGUCAUCUACUCCCCGGUAAUAUCUUCUGGACCGUCGCCUUUGGCUGGUGGCUCGCAUUGGUAUGCUUCGUUGUCUCUGCUGUCCUACGGCUCGCUCCCUUCGGGGGUAAGCAGUAUGCCGCCCUCGUCUUCGGGCUGGGAUGGUACAUAGCUUGGCCAUUUGGCAAGUACGUCGAGGGCGACAUUGGCGCCGACCACUCGGACGAAGAUGAAGAGAGCCCUACGAGCCCGCAUGGUAUGGCAAGCGGAGACAAUUCUACCGAGACACUGACCCCCGGCGAGGCCGCCCUUGAGCAGCCAUCGGAUCAGGCCACGAUAACCGCUCGGACUGCUCUCCGCCACCAGGCAUCGAUUUCUUGGGACCCGAACAACGCACCCGCAGCUAACGAGGCCACAUCGCUUCUGUCCCGGCCAGCCCCUCUUACCCCUUCGAAGUCAUAUGGCGCAACGCCCUCGUCCACACUGGCUAACGCGGGAAAAGGACGCCCCUCCGGACUAGGGAAAGUCUUAUACUACGUCCUGUUCGGCGUGCUCAUUGCUCCCCUCAUGUUCCUUGUCUGCACGAUAUGCUGGGGUCUCGUCUUUACUGUGCCCAUGGCCAAGCUCACGUGGACACUGUUCAGGUAUAUGCUCCAACACCCCAGCGAUAUCCGGUUCUGCUCGGCUCCAGUGGUCGCCGUGGCGGUAGAUAAUGGGGCUGCCAAUACAGCAGAAGAGAACGGCCAGCAUGGAGGCAAUGAGUCUCACAUCUCUUUCAAGCAUGCCAGGCUCGCCGCUGGUCAGGCCGCGCCUUCUGGUUCCCCGACUUCCACCGUCCUACUUUGCACCUACCGCGCCUUUGGAUGGAAGUACUACAAAUACACCGUUGGCGGCGUCAACAUCAUGUUUGUCAACCUCAUACCGCUCGUGUUCCUCGUUAUUUUGGACGGAUGGGUCCUUCUUCCAUGGGCAGAGAGGCGCGAGCGUGCAGGGAAACACGUUCCUGCCUUCCUCGCUAUAAUCACAGCUCGGCCACUCAUAUUCAUUAUGAGUCUUGCCAGUGUCAUACCGCUAUCGUACUUCAUCGGCAUGGCAGUCGCUUCCAUCUCCGCGCAAUCUUCCAUCGGUAUGGGUGCGGUCAUUAACGCGACCUUCGGUUCAAUCAUCGAGAUCAUCCUCUACGCGAUUGCCCUUACCGAGCGGCGUGGCCACCUUGUGGAAGGAUCCAUCGUGGGUAGCUUGCUCGCGGGCGUUCUCCUCAUGCCCGGAGCGAGUAUGUGCAGUGGUGCUAUUCGGCAGAAGGAGAUGAGAUUUAACGCCAAGAGCGCUGGUGUCACCAGCAUGCUCCUGAUUAUGGCCUUUAUCGGUACUCUGGCCCCGACUCUGUUCUACCAAACAUAUGGAAGCUUCCAGUUGGUUUGCGAGGGUUGCCCUGAAGGUACUUCCCUCACGCGACCGUCGAGUCCUCCAUGGGUGUGCCAGCACUGCUACUACGAGCACCCAGAUCCUGUCGACGACCCAUUUUACCAAUCAACUGUCAAGUCUCUGAUGUUCUUCUGUGCUGCUAUCCUGGUGCUGUCGUACUUGAUCGGCCUUUGGUUCUCGCUGCGGACCCACGCGACCCAGAUUUGGCAGAACCCGCGGCAACUGCUACAUCCUUCUGAGAUGCCAAUCGAGCCUUCGAAUCCGCGUAUUUCUCUGUACCAGAGGCUUUUGCCUGGAAGCUUCCAAAAGCCUCCAUCGCUGCAUCCCAAGCGAAGCAUCAUCACCACCUCAGAAAGCAGGGGGCCAUCCCGUAGCCCGACCCCAGUGCCCAAAUCACGCGAUUACCAAUACCAGCCUCCACAGCAAUCCACUUCACAGGGUCAGAGCGGUAGUCAAAUUCCGAACACCCCUGCGCCCGGUAAUCGCAGAAUAUCCUAUGCCAAUCCGCCCGUAAUUAAUGCCCCGAACCUGACGCCUCUCCUUGAAAGUGUCGAUCAUGCCAUGCACGACCCGGCGGUCCAGACCCUGCAGCUCCCCGGCCACGUCACCUCUGACGACUUCACUCGCGCUGUCGCCGUUGCGACUGUCAGCGCGCUCCGGCACCAACAGAACCACGGACAUUCACCUGCUCGCCCACGCAUCAACUCAGAGCUUGAGGCUGCUGCUGCUGGAGGACAUGGCGGACAUGAUAGCCCAUCGUGGAGCCGCGCGACCAGUGCGAGCGUGCUCCUAGUGUGUACAGCAUUGUAUGCUGCUAUCGCGGAGAUUUUGGUAGAUGUCGUUGACGUUGUGCUCGAAGGCUCUGGCAUUGAUGAGAAGUUCCUUGGUGUCACCUUGUUCGCGUUGGUGCCGAAUACGACGGAGUUCAUGAACGCCAUAUCGUUUGCGAUAAAUGGUAACAUUGCCCUGAGUAUGGAGAUCGGUUCCGCGUACGCUCUGCAGGUGUGUCUGCUCCAGAUUCCGGCCAUGGUCGUAUUCUCGGAAUGGUACGCACCCGACAAGAUGGGUUCGGUUUCCGAUACGUUCACGUUGAUUUUCCCUCGCUGGGAUGUCAUCACCAUCAUCCUCUCCGUGUUCCUGAUGACCUAUACCUAUAUCGAAGCAAAGAGCAACUACCACCGUGGCAGUAUACUGAUCCUGAGCUACCUUGUCCUUAUCGCUGGCUUCUACUUUGCGCCUCAGCGCACUGAGGAUGACACACUCGUCGGCAACGUCCUCACGUCGCUUCCGCUUCUUCAGUCUUUCCGAGCCUUCUUCACACUUCGUUAGAUAACCUACUAGUGGAUAUCACUAGUGCGUCUCUUUCUCCAUAGCCACCCACUCAAUUAUUACGACCCCCGUUACGACUCUCCCUCUCCUCUCUUUUCUCAAACUUCGCAUCUCUCAUCCAAUUCACUGUGCCCUUUCUCUCGUCCCUUCUCACACAAGUCCUCACCAUUUGCCGCUUUGCGCUCCGCUUUUCC